AUGAUCAUGUCGCCCAUGGCGGAUCCUCUCACUGUCUUGCCCCCAGAGAUUGUCCUGCAAAUCUUGCAUUUUACCCCCGUAUCCGCCCUUGCGUCCCUGACAGCGGCCUCCAAGGCUUGGCACCAAUUUAUCGACGUCACUCACCAAGAUGCCAUUUACACAUCCGAAGCCAAAACUGCCCAGCCAGCUGGAGGAUGCCGCGAUCUUUCCUUCCUUUCAAAUACAGACAGCUUUGCAAAAGUAUUUGAGGGUACGGAAUCAUGGAAAGACCUGUGCAAGCGCCAGACACUGUUAGCCCGAAAUUGGGCCGAACCACAUCCAGUGAGCCAAGAAUCAGUGCUACAAAUCGGCAAUGAUCCUGUUUGGCGAUUCCGCGCCGACUUCAAACGCCGCUUUUUUGUCUCGACUUCUCAUGCUGGCGGGUUGAACGUCACUGAUAUGGACACGGGCCGUAUCCUCUGGCAACUCCCUUCGGUGCUGGACACCGACGGAGAUGGAGUUCGCCCACAUGCACACUUGGAAUAUCAGGAUGGAAUGGCAGUGUUCGAUAGCGAAGGAGAUUCCCUUGAGGUUUGGCAGGCGGACCAUGAAGGUGCAAAGCGUGGAGAGUUCCGGCGCAUUGCUACCUUGGCACACAAUUGCCAGACAAGAGGGUUCCAAUUGUCCUACUGGACCCUCUGUGUUGUUUCCAAUGAGGGUCAGGGUUUUGUAUACGACAUGACACAGCGACCCCCAACAUUGACCACACACUUGAAGAUCGAGGGAGGUGGGAUUGGCCAUCUGGACCAAAGCGAAGAUAUUGUGAUAUAUUCUAUGGGAGCAAAAGGCUACUUUGCCUACAACAAGGCGUCGGGUGAAUUCCUAGGAACGCUGAAGCCACCAAAGUCCACGGAAAGGUAUCAUAUUCUUCCUCCGCAAGCCGCUUCUGCUUCAGUACUAGCAGGCGCUGCACGACUUGGCCCAACAUCUCAACCACUCCCGCCCGGGGCUUUCCGAAAAGAUUGUUUGGUACCAAUUGAGAUUGCCAAAGGUCCACUAUCACCGCCAGAUGAUCCAAAUCACGUCUGGCAUGGGGAGGACGAAUGGGGAGCGGGGAUGUUGCACGGCGAUCUCUUUGUGGGCUUCUCUCGCGCUGGGCGUGUCUUUAUAUGCCCGGACUUCCGUAAGGCUCUCCGCGACGAAGCUAGUCUUGUGGCGAACAGCUCCAUCUUGGAAUGCGAAUCAGACGGAUCAAGCUUCGACCUUGGUGGUUGGCUAUCAAUCCGCAACCACCGUGUAAUGUUCGAAAUUCAAGACCGGAUCUAUGUUGUUGCUCUUGAUGACAACAACAGGGUUCAAGACGUGAAAAACCCUGCUCGUGCUUCGUACUCGUUGCUCACCAGCUCCGCCCCACAGCUCGCUGUGCCGAUCAGUUACAUGGCGUUGGCUGAUGAUGCUAUUAUGACUACUUACACUACCCUCGGCUGGCGUGAUUCCAACAUCCCAGGUGGCGUACCUCCACCGCAAGGCAGAGAUCUUCCUCGCGUUUUCCCUACAAAAGUCAUCCGCAUACUCAGCCUGGCCCCUAACCUCUCUAACAAAUCUUCCUCUGCCUCCGGUGAUACGGAUGAGCCAUUAACUGCGGAUAGCGGUGGUCUUGGUGGCUCCCACCCAAAUCUGCCAUCCGAAGACGCCUGGCGCACACAGGCUGGAUUGCUGCAGCUGCUUAGCAUGCUUGGCGACGAGGCGGAUUUUGAGCAGAGCGAUGGUGAAGAUGAAUGGGAGAGUAUCGACGAAGAUGAGAAUGAGGAGGAAUAG